AGACCCCACACCAGAUAUUACCUACACCAUGGCUCCCCUUUCUCUCCAGUCGACCCAGAAGAUGGUUUCGGGAUAUGAGAUCCCGAUUGUUGGAUUUGGUGUUUACCAGACUCCCCCCGACAUCACGGAAAAGGUGACCAUUAAGGCGCUGGAAACGGGAUACCGCCACAUCGACAGCGCAAAAUACUAUGCCAACGAGGCGGAAUGCGCCAACGCCAUUCGCAAGUCUGGAAUCGACCGCUCUAAGAUCUUCUACACGACCAAGGUCCCCGCUACUCACAUGGCAUACGAUAAAGCCAAGGAGGCCAUUGAAGCCAGUAUCAAGGAUGCUGCAGGAAUUGAUUACAUUGAUCUGGUCCUGCUCCACGCCCCCUUCGGAGGGAAGGAAGGCCGUCUGGGUGCCUGGCGCGCUCUGGUCGAGGCCCAGAAGGCCGGCAAGAUCCGUUCCAUCGGUGUCUCCAACUAUGGAAUCCACCACCUGGAGGAGCUGGAGGCGUACAUCAACAGCGGAGUCGGCGGCCAGAUCUCUGUCGGUCAAUACGAGAUCCACCCCUGGUGCGCGAGGGAGGACAUCGCCGGGUGGUUGAAGAAGCGCAACGUUGUCGUCGAGGCCUACUCGCCUCUGGUCCAGGCUACUCGGAUGCGUGAACCCAGCCUGCAGAGCCUGGCAAAGAAACACAGCAAGACUCCUGCCCAGAUCCUGCUCCGGUGGAGCUUGCAGAAGGGAUAUGUCCCUCUCCCUAAAUCCGUGACCGAUUCUCGGAUCAUCGAAAACACGCAGGUCUUCGACUUUGAGUUGUCUCCUGAGGACAUGAAAAACCUGCAGACUGAUGCGUAUGAGCCGGUCUGCUGGGACCCUGCUCGGGACUCUCGUUUGUAAAUGCCAGCUGAAAUUUGUACCAAAUUCUGGUAUAGACAGUAUAUAGAUUCUAUUAGACAUCCAGCUCUAUAAAAU